UUCCAUUUAGCUCCACUUUUUCCUCCUUACCCAGAAUGAUCCGUGCCAAGAAACUCAGCAAGAUGGCCAAGAAAUGGCAGAAAUUUACUGCCAUCCGUCGUCAUAGAAUUUCGUUUCCAGGAAACGGCAAUCAUGAUGGAUCAGAUAGUUGCAGUAGCUCAUCUGUAGUUGACAAGGGGCAUUUUGUAGUCUACACAUCUGACCAGAAGCGCUUUGUGGUUCCAUUAGCUUAUCUUAACAAUAUGGUAUUUAGGCAGCUCUUGAAGAUGUCUGAAGAGGAAUAUGGUCUACCAAGUGAUGGGCCUAUCGUAUUACCAUGUGAUUCACUCUUCAUGGACUAUUUCAUUUGCUCCGUCCAACAAGAUAGAGCUGGAGAUUUGCACAAUGUUUUUCUUAAGUCAGUCAAUAGUUGCCACUGCACAUUGUCAUGUUCAUAUGAAGUGCAGAUGAACCAACAGUUGCUUGUUCGUUGAACAGU